AUGGCUACCGCAUCUCCCAUCAUCGAAGACCGUCAAGGCGGUGUAUUCUACGCAACGCAAACCUACUACAGCGCAAGCGGCUGCACUGGAACCGCCGACGGCGAAGCCACCUUCAACACAAUCAAUCUCUGCCAGCCCCUCAGCACCAUUCUCGGCAGCGUCGUAAGCGUUACCACAAACUCCGUUACGCAAGAUCCUGCUGGAUGCGUUGUCCAUUACUAUACCAAUGCCGAUUGCACACAGGGAGAUACCAUCGGUGUUAUUGGUAGCUGCGAGCAAGCCUCCGCUCCUUUCGUGGCUACGAAUGUCAUUUGCCCAACUUAA